GGAGGGAGGAGAGAGAGAGAGAGAGAGAGAGAGAGGAAAGUACCGAAGCGAGUGCGUGGAAAAGGUUCCCCCUUCGUGGGCAGAGGAAUCGGCGAAUCAUGGGAGGAUGCGAGGGCGGGCCCUGUGGAUUUCUCUCUUAUAAUACCCGGAGCAGUGAAAGGUCGGAUUUUUCCUGUGGUUUCUGCUCUUUUAUUUGAGUAUCUUCACGAGGUGAAGUGCAUGAAGGCUAUGCCUUGAAUCUCUGGAAUUUUGAAGUAAGAUGCCCCUGCUUGUAUUUAUAUGCUGGUCGUUAACUAAAACUUAAGGAACGUCUGGUUGGACCUGAGUUCUUAUGUACCUAAAAGUUGUUAGGGUGAGACAUUAAGUUAUAUGAUUCGGUAUGGUUCCAUCUGGGUAGCACUUUGCAGGAGCUGGAUGUGAAUAUGUUGGUAGGGACAUGCUCCGGGCAAGUGAAGCUGAUAUCACUGCUCUUCUUCUGGUCUUGGUUGUGCUCCCUUUGGUCACUUACGUUUUACUUGGAAUAUGGAAUGAGACUUCGAAAAAGAAGGCCAGGAUAAGUAUGCUUGCUCAGCUUGCUGCUGAGGAAGCUCUCAGAGUUGAAGCAAUGGCAUCUGCUGAUGUUUUACCAGCUGGACUUUCUUUAAAAACUGGUUUUCAUGAGUGUGCCAGAUGCUUUUCUCCUGCUACAACCCGCUGCUCUAGAUGCAAGUCUGUCAGAUACUGUUCUGGAAAGUGUCAAAUAAUACACUGGCGGCUGGGGCACAAGCAGGAAUGUCAGCAAUGGCAAGAUAACAGCUCCAAUGUUUCUGGUGACUUUUCUCUUACAGAAGCAGUUCAACAGAAUUCUCAUUUAGAUGGCCUCAAAUCAUCAUUCCUUGGAAGUGAUUUUGAAGAGUCCCUUCAUGGUGAUCUUUGUGGUAAUGUAUCAAGUGAUCCUUGUGUUAUGAAAAUUGAUGCAUCUCUAGAUCCAGCUGCAGGAAGAAAUCUGUCAGACAAGCGUUCCCAUAAUAGAUCAAAAAGAUUUUUCUUUAAAAGUGAUGAAAUUGCUGCACGUGCAUAUGAUGAUACCAUUAUCUGUGACACAGAUUCUCACACUGAAUGUUCAAGUUCCUCGUUUACGGAGUUUUCAUCAAAAGAUGCUCCUCUGGAACAUAAGUUAGGAACUGUGAACUUCACACCUGAUGAUGAAACUCAUAGGAUUCAGGACACCAGCAGUUCGUCCACCAUCAAAAAUAAUUUGCAUCAGUCUCAUAAAUUAACAGAUGAAAUUAGAAAUGGACUUAAGAGAAGCAGUUCUCCUGGAAUAUCAACCCCAUCCCAUGUGGAGAGAAAUAGGAUCAAUGGAUGUGGCAUUGGUGCUAAUACCGCUUCAGAGAAAGUUGAGUGGUCUGAAGGUGGAUUUUCUUCUGCUAGUUCAGCAGUUGACUUGAUCUAUUCAGCUGAAAAGGUUUCAGCUAAAGGAGGCAUUGUUUUUAAAAAACCUCCAUACACAUUGGGGGACACAACUUCUUUAUCACAAAAAUCAGCUGAAAAAGCAUCAAGAGAAUACCCAUCUCAAGGAAUAGAAAGGCGUGCCUACAUGGAAAAUGAAUCUAGAUGCCCUCAAACAAAUGUUUCACGGGGCUGCAAAGAGAUCUCCAACAUGGAAGAGGCAAAAGUGGCAGGAUCAAAGAAACACUCAAAAUGUCUCAAACAUAAUCUUUUGAGUUUGAUAAAUGACAAUAAGAAAAAUAAGGUGUGCCAGCUGUUGUUUCCUUAUGAGGAUCUUGUCAAGUUUUUUCAGUGUAAAAUCUGGGGCAUAUCUCCGAGGGGGCUUCUUAAUUGUGGAAACAGUUGCUAUGCUAAUGCUGUCCUGCAAUGUCUGACCUACACAAAACCUCUCAUGGUGUACUUGCUUCAGAGGUCGCAUUCAAGAACUUGUCGGGUCAAAGGUUGGUGUCUCAUGUGUGAACUUGAGCAGCAUGUUUCUGUGCUGCGGGAAGGUGGAGGCCUUUCGUCUCCCAGUAGGAUCCUUUCAAACAUGAGGAAUAUUGGAUGUCGAAUGGGUGGUGGUAAUCAAGAAGAUGCACAUGAAUUUCUAAGGCUUCUAGUUAUGUCUAUGCAAUCUACGUGCCUUGAGGAAUUUGGUGGUGAGAAGGAAGUAGAUCCAAAAUUGCAAGAGACAACACUAGUACAACAGAUUUUUGGCGGUCGGCUCAAGUCAAAGGUUAAGUGCCUGAGGUGCCAUAUAGUGUCUGAAAGAUAUGAGAAUAUUAUGGAUCUUACAUUGGAGAUACAUGGUUGGGUUGAAUCUUUGGAAGAUGCACUCACACAAUUUACAGCUCCCGAGGAUUUAGAUGGAGAGAACAUGUAUAGAUGUGGAAGGUGUUCUGCAUAUGUUAAUGCCAGAAAGCAGUUGACAUUACAUGAGGUGCCAAACAUCUUAACGAUAGUUCUGAAGAGGUUCCAGACAGGAAACUACGGCAAAAUCAAUAAAUGUGUUACUUUUCCAGACAUGCUGGACAUGAUCCCAUUUGUGACUGGGACUGCUGAUAAUCCUCCCCUGUACAUGUUGUAUGCGGUUGUUGUACAUUUGGAUAACCUGAAUGCAUCAUUCUCUGGGCACUAUGUCUCCUAUGUCAAAGAUCUGGAAGGAACAUGGUUCAGAAUUGACGAUUCCGAGGUGCAGGCUGUACCACUGAGUCAAGUUAUGUCUGAAGGUGCAUACAUGCUAUUCUACUCAAGGUCUUCUCCACGUCCACCAAGAGCUUACAUUGAGAAAGUAUCUUUACAAGCUUAUGCAAAGCGUGACCCUUCAAAAACCCAAAAAUCUCCAAAACAUGGGCAACAGAAACAAAGUAAAAGCCAAUUGACCUCAGAAAAUUCAGGAUACAUGCAAAGUGAUUUCAGACCAGAGUAUAGGGAAGGCAUCGUCAAAGAUCAAACGGACUACAUGAUACAGUCCUCAAGCAGAAAUAUCCUCCCAACAGGGGGAACAUAUGAGUAUUCAUUGAACGUGGACUUCUCUGAUGCUACAUCUAGCGAUUGGUCACUUUUUACAAGCUCUGAUGAAUCAUCCUUCACCACCGAGAGUACCAGAGAUUCGUUCAGCAUGGUGGAUUAUGGAGACAAUGCUAACCUUGAUCCCAUUUCUUCUAUAUUCAGCCCCUUCUAUGUGCCAGAGUAUUCCUACAGCAAUGGCAUUUCAUGUACAAAGUUCUCACCUUGUAGGCCGCAGACAAGAUUCUUCUCGGAGAGCAUGGGUUGUGUGAUGGAUUCUUCGAUGCCAAGUCAAUCUCUUGGCGAUGUACAUAAAGAAAGGAAUCUAGAGCAGCUCCUUGCUUUUUCAUCUGAGUCUUUAUCUUCGGCAAGCAGCUGUAGUCUGUAUGGUCGGUACCGAAGCAAUACCAAAGAUGGUUUUGUUCGAACUUCUGGAUUUUGUGAUCUGUAGUGGUUAGCUUCUAUUAGUUCUAGUGGAACCCUCUUGCUGUGGUUGAUCCCAAUCUGAGCGCUGGCCAUGCCUCAUAUUUUUUAAUUGAGCGCGGCAUGAGCUGAUCAUAAUGCAAUUGUCAUGGGGGAUGCAGCAAGAACCUAUGUACUUGAGGAAGUAAAUUAGUGGACAUUCUUAAUUUCAUUUUAGGAAUUUAGAUAAUGUUCUCAUGGUGAUGGUCAAUCAUAUUGUAGUAUCCAUUCU